AUGAUUGAGCCCCCUGUUUGGCCCCAGUUUCCACCCAGACGAAACAGGCAAAAGCCUUUGGCGCUCUUGGCAACCGCUCUGCCCGGCGGCACACAAUGGCGGAGCAGCCGCGCACUCCAGCCGAAGCGGGGCUUUGCCCGCGAUUUGCAGCCUCUCAGGCGCAAAGACGCUGCCGCCGCUGCAGCAACAGCCCCGCCGCCCGCGCGCGCGCGCGCUCCGCGCCGCCGCGUUCCAAGGAAGGGAACCUCCUUCGCGUCACAGGGCCGGGCAGCCAAUGGGACUCCAGGAGCGGGGAUUCCCGCGCCUCUUGCCGCUUGCCCUGUCUCUUUAAACGGUUGCGCCGAGCAGGGAGCUCAGAGGGGACAGGGAGGCCUCUUAGGAGGCUGCGGGGUGCCGAGCGAAGACAGACGAGGGGGGCAAAGGACAAAAUGCACCUUAAUGCACCUUAAAAAUGCACGGAGAGGAGGAGGAGGAGCAGAGGGGGGAAAUCCGAGGCUGCCGGGGAAGAUUCACUCCUUGCAUUCCACAGAGGGGUGGAUCAGGGAAGAGGCGGGGUUGUUCGGCCCCGGCAAAAGGGAACAGCAAGGCAGGCACCCCUCUCCCCAGAUGGAGUGGAAGUUAGAAAGAUCUGCCGGGCGCAAGGUCAAGACGGACGAAGAGGUGUUGUGGGUAAAUCGAGAUCCUCCCGUCCAGACCGACACACCCAUAGCUUUGCGGGGCUGGGCAGGAGUCGGCCCGAGGGUCAGCAGGGGGGAAAGCGUCGGCUGGGCUCUCUGGGAUGCGAUGCGGCGAAAAAACCGCUGCAUUGCGCCUGAAGGCCUGGGCACUGGUCCAUGGAGGCUGAUGUUGAAGGAAAUGGCCAUAGUUGUUAUCAAGGUGCCCCUUGACUCGUGUUUAGUUUAUGCUAGAUUAAAACUUCAAGUGUCAACGGGCCUUUUGGAGAUCAGGAAACCAGGGGUUAGCCCAAGAUCCUCCUGGCCUAUCCGUUUGUCAUGGGGGAAAAUAAUGAAGGCUCUUGGGACAGACCUCAGACAGAUCAGAAAGCAAAGUUUACAAAUGCUGACCAAGGGCUAUCCUGACAUGAAGUUGCCUGAUGGACACCCUUUGCAUGGGGAGAAUCAAGAGUUUCAGGUAACUGAGACACCAGGCAAGACCUCAUACUCACAAUUUAAAAGUUGCAUUGUGAAGAAACUGGCAUCUCAAAUUCCUGUUGCUAGUAGCCCAAUUGCCACAAGGCGGCGGCAGGAGUGCACCAGAAACCAGGCGGAGCAAACCUUUGCAGAAUGCAGUCCGUCCGAAUUCCCUACCUUAGAGGACAGAUCUGAUUUUACGGAGUCAUUUGGGAGGAUCACAACAAUUCCAGUGUAUUCUAGGAGGCUUACUGAAACCACUGUUGGUGAACCCAUUAUAUUUACUAAUACCACUCACGUGAAUGAAGGAAGUGAAACAGAGAAACAGAAAUGUCUUCAUCAGAUGAUGGUCACCAAAGAGAACAGGCAUGGCAUCUCAGAACAAGAGGGCUUCAGGAUCUGUGAGAAACCCAAGUGCCUUUGGAAAGGUUGCAAGGAUGGAACCAAGAUUGAACAUGAUGCUCAUAGCAUUUCAGCGGGCACAGAAAAAUCUCUGCCUUUGGAGCCUGAAAUUAGGUUUCACAUAAGCGGUUUACGCAAUGACUACUAUCUAAACCUACUGGACUGGAGCCACAGGAAUCUUCUCGCAGUUGCGCUAGGAUCAGUUCUGUACAUUUGGAAUGGAGAAACCAACCAAAAUGUCAAAAGCAUAGACUUAUGUUCCAGUUGCAAAUAUUAUGUUGCCUCCAUAGCGUGGAUGAGAGAGAAUCCUUGGCUUGCUUUUGCAACAAGUGAUGGAGAAGUGCAACUGUGGGACAUUGAAACCCAAAAGAGGCUGAGAACUAUGUUUGGUCACCUGUCAGUAGUUGGAGCUCUGAGUUGGAAUGGUCCUAUACUUAGCAGUGGUUCAAGGCUAGGCUAUAUUCACCAUCAUGAUGUUCGAGCAGCUCAGCAUCACAUUGGAAGGGUUCGGCAAAGCAAGCAGAGUGUUUGUAGCCUGCAGUGGUCCCCAGACCGCAAACUCCUGGCAAGUGGCUCUAGUGAUGGUCUGCUGAAUAUUUGGCCUAAUGAUCCAGGUGUGACAGGACCACUGUCCUCCAUAUCUCAUUCCUCAGCAGUGAAGGCAAUGAUGUGGUGCCCGUGGCAAUCUGCUGUAAUUGCCACAGGAGGGGGAAUAAAGGACAGAACGCUGCACAUCUGGAAUAUAAGCAGCAUGAAAAGCCUUGAGAGGGCAGAUACAAGAUCUCAGAUAUGUUCUCUGCUCUGGUUACCUAACACUAAAGAAUUAAUCACCGGGGAAGGAUAUCCUUGGAAUAAGAUGUCAGUCUGGAGAUAUCCCAUGCUUUCAAAUUCAGCAGAACUUUGUGAUCACAAAGGAAGAGUUUUGCAUAUGGCGCUGAGUCCAGAAGGAAAUAGGAUCUUUUCUGCUGGAGCUGAUGAGACCGCAUAUGUGUGGAAGUACAGAAGGAUGAAACCAAACACAAUGCAUUUUCAGGAAGAGAAUUGUUUUAAUUAA